CACAUCUUGUAGCAAAACAAGCGCCGACUGCUCAGCUAGCUAGCUUUCAAUGCAGCUGACAAGGGAGUAAGACAAUAUUAAUUUGGGUUCGGCAUGGCGGAGGGUGGCGGCAAUGUUAACGUCGGUGCGGCUAACCUUCCUCCGGGAGACCCCCAGCUUAUCGGUAUGAUUGUGGAGCAUCUGAAGAACCGGGGGCUGUUUGACGAGUUCCGCCGGGACUGUCUGGCCGACGUUGAUACGAAGCCUGCUUAUCAGAACCUACGGCAGAAAGUUGACAACUUUGUCACGUCCCACCUGAGCACACAGGACUGGAACCCAUCCAUCAACAAGAACCAGAUGAGGAACGGACUGAGGCAGAGUGUCGUCCAAUCAGGCAUGCUGGAAUCCGGUGUGGACAGGAUCAUAACUCAGGUUGUGGACCCUAAGAUGAACCACACUUUCCGACCGCACAUAGAAACUGCCAUCCAUGACUUCCUUUCAGGGGACAGAAAGGAGGAGAGCAGCUCCAGUUCUAACGCUGCACUACCUGAACAGACAGAAUCACAGGAGGCUCCGUCGGUUUCAGGCCCAAAAACCCCCUGAGGUGUGUUUAAAAAAAAAAAAAAACAAGGCCCAGAACCAUUUAGAAAUACAGUUUAGAAAUCUGUAUUUUAUUCCUGCGACAGGGACACGUACUGGCCUUGAGUACACUAACUUUAUAUGGCUGUUUUAGCCUUUUGGAAGGAGCAGCUUCAGACAUGUGGAGGAUAAAGAAGAGGAGGAGGUUUUUCCUGCUGCCUCUGUCUGUUCACGGAUUGGAGUCAGGAGUGUUUCACUGCAAGGCUGAUGCUGGAGAAGCUGUACAAUAUCGAGCGGUGCAGCAUCACUGCUGUGCACAGCUCUGCCUUUAGGACAAACAUGGAUUAUGAUAUUUUUUUUUUUGGUACUGGCUUUUUACAUUUUUUGUGUCAUCCGAUUUUUUUUUUGAUUCUCGCAUACUGUGUAAUGCAGAUGUGAUCUUUCACUGAGGCAGUCUGUGUGUGUGUGUAGACAUUUUCCAACACCUCAGCUGAUAAUAUUUAAGGCUUUCACUCUCUGUCUACACUGAUUCACAUGAUGGGUGAAGUUGAUUUUUAGUGAAACAUGUUCGUGAAUAAUUACAUGCAGGUCUUCAUUUUUCAUCACAUCUUGCCAUGUUUCCUUUUGGUGCAUGUAUUUAGUGUGUGGUAUUAAUUGUGUGCUUUGAUAAAAAACUGUUGACAAAU